GGCAAGCAAACCCCACCACUUUGGUCUGUGUGGACUAUUGCUGGUUUAGUCUUUGGCAGUUGCAGACCAGCAGUCCAGUCAACUCCACCCCCACCCCCACGACACGCCAGCAUCUUCUUCCACUUCCCAAUUUCCCACAAAUUUCCUUGCCUUCAAACAAACCCAAAUACCCAACCAACAACAACACACCAAUCUCUUAUUUUUAUGCUCGGUCAAGACACCUCUCUCAGUCUCUCUGCAACUUUUCUACUUCUAUUAUAUUGAUUCAUCUAUUCCCUUGCCUUCCCUCUUCAGUACCUGAAACCAAACAGUUGUUAUAUUAGUCCAUACAUGCAUACAUAUUUGUGAUACAAAAAGAGCUGCAGAGCAUCUCCCCCCAUCACGUAGCUAAAAUGAACAGGUAUGGGCACAGCACUCCUCUACUCCAUUUUUGCCUAUUUUUCUUCUUGUUAUCUUCUGUGGUCUUCUCUGAAUUACACUCAAACCAAAAAACCACCAUGAUCAGUCUUUCUGAGGCCAUCAUGAACAACACAGCUUUAAUAUGGGAUGUGAACAAAGACCCAUGUUUAUGGGGAGGAGUUACAUGCGGCCCCCCUGGGAAUUCUUCCAUUACCGAAAUCUCUUUAUCUGGGGUUUCCCUCUCCUCCUCAGAUUUUCUACCUCUUCUUUGCCAGAUAGACUCUUUGGUGAGUCUUGACCUCUCCAACAGCAAUCUGACCUCAAUCCCAGAUAAGUUUAUCACAGAUUGUGGGGCGAUUGGAGGGCUGCAGCUCUUGAAUAUUAGCAGAAACGGGUUAGGUGGUACUCUGCCUACGUUUAAUGGUUUUGUUGGGUUGAAGUUCUUGGACUUGUCUUUCAAUUCCUUGAACGGAAACAUAAGUUUACAGUUUGAAGGAUUGGUUGCCCUCAAAAGUUUGAAUCUUAGUUUCAACAAUUUCACUGGCCCCAUUCCUACCAACCUUGGGAAAGCCAUGGCUUUGGAGCAGCUUCAGCUCUCUAAGAAUUCCUUUGAAGGUGGAAUCCCUGAUCAAAUGAUCGAUUACCUGAAUUUGACUCUGGUUGACCUGAAUCAAAAUAAGCUUUCUGGCCCUGUUCCUGUUAGAAUUGGAGACCUGUCUAAGUUGGAAGUUUUGAUUUUAUCUACCAAUAACUUGAGCGGGGAAAUCCCAGAAACCCUUUCAAGUAUCAAAAGCCUUUCACGUUUUGCAGCCCAUCAGAACAAUUUUGAAGGUACUAUUCCUAGUGGACUUACAACAUUCCUCAGGAACUUGGACCUUAGUUAUAAUAAGUUAAGUGGGUUGAUUCCUUCAGAUAUGUUGUCACCAUCAAAUUUGCAGACUGUAGAUUUUUCUUAUAAUUUGUUAACGGGGCCGAUACCUUCAAACAUAUCUCCAAGCAUGGUGAGGUUGAGAUUGGGGAGCAAUUUGCUUAAUGGGACAAUCCCUACUGCAACAUUUGGAAAACUUGAGAAAUUAAUGUACUUGGAGCUGGAAAACAAUAGCUUGACCGGGUCAGUACCUCCGGAUUUGGGUUCUUGCAGGAAGUUGCUGUUGCUGAAUUUGGCAGGGAAUAAACUGGAUGGUGCAUUGCCGGGACAGUUGGGUGGACUUAGCCAACUUCAAGUUAUGGAGCUUCAGUCGAACAAGCUGGUUGGAGAAAUCCCAAUUGAAAUUACCCAGCUACCAAAAUUAUCGAAAUUGAAUAUGAGCUGGAAUUCGCUGAAUGGUUCGAUACCUUCCACGAUUUCAAGCUUGCAAAGCCUUACUAACCUGAUUUUACAAGGUAACAAACUCAGUGGUUCAAUACCCUACACUAUUGCCAGCAUGGAUUCUCUGUUAGAACUCCAGCUUGGAGGAAACCAACUCAGUGGUUUAAUUCCAAGGAUGCCAGUAAAGCUGCAGAUUGCUUUAAAUCUCAGCACCAACCUCCUUGUAGGGGAAAUUCCAGAAAGUCUUUCAAAACUUACUGGAUUAGAAAUUUUGGAUCUCUCAAACAAUAAAUUGUCAGGAGAGAUACCAUCAUAUCUGACUCAAAUGGCAGCCUUGACAAAGUUGCUCCUUUCGAACAACCAGCUCUCUGGAAUUAUUCCAAAGUUCAGUCCAUGGCUUACGAUUGAUGCAAAUGGAAAUAAGGGUCUUAUUAACGCUACAACACCAAACACUUCACCAAAAUCAGCCAAGAAGGGAAAAUCAGUUACUGCAGGUUUGGUGAUUGGGUUCGCAGCUGCUCUUUUCGCUAUUGGGGUAGUCAUUGGCGUUACUGUAUCAAUCUCAAGGCGCUAUUACAGGGUUAAUGAUGAGCAAUCGCAAUCACAAUCAGCAGAAGAUCUCCCUCCUCCUCAGGUCCUCCAAGGGAGUCUAUUAACUGCCAAUGGGAUCCACCGAUCGAAUAUCGACUUCACCAAAGCUAUGGAAGCAGUUGCUAACCCAUCAAAUGUCACGUUGAAGACCAAGUUUUCAACCUACUACAAAGCCAUCAUGCCAUCUGGAUCAAGCUACUUUGUCAAGAGGAUUAACUGGAGUGACAAGAUAUUCCAGUUGGGCAGCCAUGAUAAAUUCUGGCGAGAGCUGGAGGUCUUGGGGAAACUGAGCAAUUCAAAUGUCAUGACUCCUUUAGCCUAUGUUUUGACAGUUGACAAUGCUUAUCUUUUCUACGAAUUUGCUCCGAAGGGAACCCUUUUCGACAUUCUCCAUGGUAGCCCGGGAAAUGCUCUGGAUUGGGCAAGCAGAUACAGUAUAGCAGUUGGAGUUGCUCAGGGUCUGGCUUUUCUGCAUGGAUGCACUUGUGGUCCGAUACUACUCCUUGACCUAUCAAGCAGUAACAUCAUGCUGAAGUCCCUCAAGGAACCUCAGGUUGGAGACAUUGAGCUAUACAAGGUGAUUGAUCCCUCCAAGAGCAAUGGAAGCCUUUCUAUGGUCGCUGGUUCUGUUGGCUAUGUUCCUCCAGAGUAUGCUUACACGAUGAGGGUAACAAUGGCCGGGAACGUUUACAGCUUCGGAGUUGUUCUCCUGGAAUUGCUGACAGGAAAGCGAGCCGUUAGCGAGGGAACUGAGCUGGCCAAGUGGAUGUUGAGUAACUCAGUGAAGCAAGAUAAAUGGGAUCGCAUCCUCGACUCCAAUGUCAGUAGAACAUCACUCGCCAUCAGAAGUCAGAUGCUUGCAGUCCUCAAGGUUGCUCUUGGUUGCGUAAAUGUAUCACCAGAUGCAAGGCCGAAGAUGAAGAAUGUGCUGCGGAUGCUCCUCAAUGCAAGAUAAAAAAGCAUAGCCUCAUGAGAUGGAACGUCUUGCACUUCUAUACUCAUUUCCCACUAGAGUAUAUGUAAAAGGGAAAAGCUUUUCUUUCCAUGCUAGUAUUGGAAACGUUUUGAAGUUAACUGGUAUUUUAUAAUUCUUUUCUUAUCAUGUAUAAUAGAUAUAUAGCAAGUCUGGCUUUGAUUGAA